GCGGCGGCGACGGUGGUGGAAAGUAGCGGUGGUGGUGGGCAGUAGAGGGUGAAAUACAUGUUGUUAGUGCACUAGUUGUAAUUCACUACUUCAGUGAAUUCUUAGCACAUCCUGUUGAUGUCAACACAACUCUGGAGACCUUGAAGACGGCCGUUUUCCAGAAGUGGACUCGUUUAUUACCUCAUCAUGUCAGAUUUUCCUUUAAUGAUGGAAGCAAGUUUGUGCGAGUUGAUUCUAAUGUUCUGCUUCAGUGUUUUGUAUCUCGUUGCCACUGCAAAGGUCAGAAGAGCUUUGAUUUACUUGUUGAAGUUGGCUGCAAUUCUUCCAGCAGUCGUAUAGAUCUUCAAGUAGUCGUGUAAUAGAGCCUGAAUCUGAAGAAGCUAUGGUGAAUUUUCUUGAAGAUGGUUAUGUGCCUGUUAACAAGGUUCUUAGGACUGAAGGUGGGGAUAAAUUACUUGGUGAAGUUGGUAAAGUUUUUUUUUUUUUGGAGGUGUAGCAGAGGUACGUAUUGUAGUGAAGAAAUACGAGGUGAAGACUGGGUAUGUUCUUCUAUAUACUAAGAAUGAACCUAGCAGGUUCUAUGCAAAAUGCUCAAAAGAAAAUUGCUCUUGGGAUUAUAAGGUUUGUGUUGUUGAUGUUGAAAACAGGAUGCUAAAGGUUAAGAUAUAUGUUAGCAGUCAUCACUUUGGUGUGGGAUGUGAAAGGCUUUUCCACAGGCUCAGCAGUAAAUUUGUUUCUAGUCUUAUCAAGGAUGAAAUCAGAAGUGAUCCGAGUUUCAAAGCUUCUAAUUUGAAAAAGUUUUUUAAAUCUAGAUACAGGAUCAAUGUGAAAUAUUACCAAGCUUACAAUGGAAGAGAGAAAGCGUAUGAGGAUAUAUUUGGUGAAGAUGCCAUGUCGUAUUCGCAUCUGGUAUGGUAUGUAGAUGCCAUUCCCAACACAAAUCCUAGGAGUUGGAUUGAUUUUCAAGUUCAAAUGGAUGAAACUGAAUCGAACGAGGAUAGUUCAACUGAUUUAGAAGUUGAAGCACCUUCAAAUAAGUUUGUGCGUCUUUUUAUUGCUUUUGAGGCAUGCAUCCAUGGUUACCGUUACCUUCGUCCCAUGAUUUAUGUCGAUGUUACCUUUCUUACAGGGAUAUUUAGAGGAUGCCUCAUGGCUGCAAGCGCUAUCAAUGCUGAAAAUGGGUUCUUCCCACUAGCCAUGGACCUGGUACCUGCUGAAGAUAAUGACAACUGGGAAUAGUUCAUGAGGAAUUUGAGUAAUGUUCUUGAUCAUGAUCAAAGGACAAUCACAUUUUUAUCUGAUCGUGCAGAAGGAUUAAAGAGAGCGAUUCCAGUUAUUUUUCCUGGAUCCUUCCAUAGUUUAUGUUAUUAUCAUCUUAAGAUGAACUUACCUAUUAAUGCUUCUGACAAAAGAUAUGGUGCCGUUAUUGAUGCAUUUCAAGCUGCUGCAUAUGCUCUUAGUCUCGAAGGUUUCCAAACUGCCAUCGCUACGAUUAGGGGUCUUGGUUGUGGUUGGUUUGCAGACUAUAUUGAAGAUAUCCCUCCCGAGAAGUGGUCAAAUGCCAUUUUUCAGGGUUGUAGGUAUGGUAGGACAUCUUCUAGUCUUGCUGAAUCCUUAAUUAGUUGGAUGAAAGUACACAAGAAGCUCCCUGCAAAUGCUCUGCUGGAUAUGAUAAGGAAGGAUGUGAUGAGGAUGAUGUCAGAAAUGAGAAAUACUGGUAAUAGUUUCAUAACAAUUCUUACACCGAAGAAUGAAGCUAAGAUGAAGGCUCUUAUUGAUGAGGGUUUAACCUGGAUGGUUAUACAGUCCGAUACUCAUGUUUAGUGGAGGGCGGGGAGAGUUCUCAUUUUGUUAACCUUAAGGUAAGGACAUGUACCUGUCAGAGGUGGCGCGUCUAUGGGUUUCCAUGUGUGCAUGCUUUUGCUUCGAUAACAAUGUCUGGUUAUAAUCCGUAUGAUUUUGUUGAACCUUAUUUCACUACUUCAUACUCAAUAAUGCCUACAUCCAUGCCAUUCAUCCUAUUUCGAACUACAACAUGCCCGAAGUUUAUGAAGGUAAUGAUAUUAUCGAUUUAACUGAUGUUAAAAGGCCGUCUGGGAGACCACCAACUAAUAGACAUUUAAGCCGUUACGAGAAGCCGCCCAGGAGAGAUAUGCGUUGUGGUAACUGUUUUCAGAUUGGUCAUCACAACAAGCAAACUUGUACAAAGCCUACCUGUUACAAGAAGCCGCCGAAGCCGCCGAAGAAGCCUAAGGGAAGUUCAGUGAGAACAUUUAGCUUGUUGAUUUCUUCAGACUAUUACUUUUACGU